AUGAGCAAGCGCGAUCGGCUCACUCUCGCCUCUUCAUUCGUGGAUAUUGAGAAACGGCUUUUUGAAAUCCCCUUUGGGUCCAUUGGAGGUAUCUAUUUCAAGGGAGACGUUCCUUCUCACCUCCAAGCCGCGUUGCUUCAAGCCGACGCUGACCAGGAUACUGCCCCGGAAACAUUCUGUAUUGGGCCAACUGCUGGCUCAAUGUUUUGCUAUGGGAAGCGGGCUGGGAUGGAUCUAUAUCAUGUAAGUCACCAGGUUAUAUGUACUCUUGUACGGUCUCUUACUGGUACAGGGAAAAAUCCCACCGAGUAUCUCCGUUCGAUCGCAGAAAGGGAGAUCGAAUGGACGCAGCGAUUCGGAAAAUCACUUGAGCUGGACUUUCCGCACAAUGCUGUAUUUCCAGGCGAGAAGCUUCCUGAAGAUUACCUCGCUCUUCUGCACAAGUAUCUCACAUUGAUCUAA